AUGCGGUUAAUGCAGGGUCACAGUUGGGGCCUCAAUCCGCAUAUUCAUAAGAUCAUCUAUCAGACAGUUGCAGAAAAGAUUGUAACGUAUGCGGCGGCUGUAUGGGCCCAGCCGAUGCAAAGCCGUAAAGUGCGGCAUCUUUCAAGUAUACAAAGGCAAUUUAUGUUAAACAUCACGAGGGCCUACCGCACGACAGCUACUAGCGCACUGAACAUUUUAGCAGGUCUCGUUCCACUUCACAUCAGCGCCGAAAGGGAGGCAGUCCUGCAACAAGUUAAGCAACUGCGGCAACCAGCCACUUUAUAUGAAGAAACUUACUGGCCCAGAGAUUAUGAAAUUCCAGCCAAUCCACUUGAGUUUCACCCAGCACAGCAGAGCGUAGGAGUACGAAUCAACCUCAAAGGGCGACCUGAAGAUAUGAACAGGUACAAUACCCGUAUCUUUACUGAUGGGUCAAAAAUGGAUGACAACGUCGGAUGUGCGUACGUAAUGUUUCAAGGCCAAGAACAGGUCGCGCAAUGGAAGGGCCAUCUGAACAAAAACAACAGCGUCUUUCAAGGGGAGGCACUGGCAAUUCAAAAGGCAGUACAACAUAUUGCUUACCAUAACAUCAGGAAUGCAGCAAUAGUUUCCGACAGCAUGUCAGCCCUACAAGCCAUCCAAAAUCCGGCACACACGUCCACAAUUAUCAAAGAAAUUCAAUACCAUCUAAGGCAGACAGAGCAUCUGCAUGUUCGCCUGGCAUGGACGAAAGCCCACGCAGGAAACACCUGUAACGAGGCAGCCGACCUCCCUCGCGAAAGACGCAGCCCUCAACAUAAGAAGCAGGAGGAAUUGGAAAUUCCAUGGCCACACUCUACUUUGAAACGACAUCUCCAUCUGCAGGCUCUCGCUAAAGUGGCAGGAAGAAUGGGACACUGCACAAACAGGCAGGCGUACACACUACCAUCUAAUGUACGUAAACCCUGCCCGGCUAUGUUCUAA